UUUGCAUUCCCCCUUUCUUUCUCAACACGAAUGCAUGACCAAGAAUUAAAAAAACGCGUCGCCCCACUAACUAAAUCUUGCGUUCAUGCGAGUCCGGCAUUGCAGGCUGAUACUGUUAGUGUUACUGUUAGGAUUAUGUACCCUUGUGUUGAUUCAAUACUAAACAUAUGGAAAGUUUAUAGAAAAUCCAUAGUCCAAAUAAUUAUGACGUCUGGCAAGGCUAUUUUGAUUUUUUUUCUUGGACGCCUUCCUGCGACCAAAAUAGCCUUGCCAGACGUCAUAAUUAUUUAGACUAGAACAUGGAUCCACAGCCUUUUCUUUUUAAUCUUGUUCCCUCAAAUAAGGCAAUUUAAUAACUGAUAGAUAUCGGAGUAUUGCUCGAAAUUUCCUCAAAACAAGUUUAUUACUGUAGUUAUAAUAAUGGUUAAAACAAAUAAAAAAUGAGCUCAAAUUAAGUACACCUUUUAGGGUGCACUUGACUGGCUCAGCACCACUCCAGAUGUUUGGGAAUUUACAGAAGAUGGCAACAUACCCAGAUCAUGAACAUGAUGAAGAGCAAGAAGAGUCUAUUUUUGAAAUUUUUUUCCAAGACUUGGACGAAACGUUAUCAUAUUGUGAAAAUAUCCCAGAUAACCCUCCAAAUUGUGACAUAGAAUACUUUCGCAACAGAUUGAAAAGUGCAGUGGAUGGCUUAAAUUGUUUAGAAUUUAAUUUAGUUAUAAAUAGAGCUGAUCAGAGCUUAAUUGAGAAAAUUCAAACCCUAUUAUCUUGUCUUCAGCCCCUGAGAGAACAUUGGAGCACGAUAGAUUUUUCUAUGCCAUCUAGUUUCUUGAGCAUUGUUGAUGGAGCAGGAUGUAUUUCAGCGACUGAUAGGCUGGGAAGGCCUCCUGCUUUUAUAUGCACCGACCAAGUGGAAUAUUUGUUUAAAAUUGGUUUUAAGAUAGGUGAAAUAGCCAGAAUGUUCUUAGUGCACAGAACAACACUAUGGAGACGACUUAAAUAUGAGGAGAAGAAUCUGGUUAGACAUACUAUGAUAAAUGAUUCAGAAUUGAUGUCAGUGAUGCGAGAAAUCGUUAACAGUCAACCACAUACUGGUGUGAGUAUGAUGAUUGGCCACUUAAAAGCAAAAGGUAUAAGUGUGCAACAGUCACGUGUAAGGAGAACUCUGCGUGAUAUUGAUCCAGGAAGCACCUUGAUACGAUGGGGCUUAACUGCAGUUCGCAGGAAAUACUCAGUUGCAGGGCCUAAUGACCUAUGGCAUAUUGAUGGACACCAUGCGCUGAUCCGCUGGAAAUUAGUAACACAUGGAGGUAUUGAUGGUUUUUCGCGAUUAAUAGUGUUCUUAAAAUGCUCGAACAACAACUUGGCGGUCACUGUUUUGAACUCGUUUUUGAAAGCAGUUGAAUCGUACUCAUUACCAUCUCGAGUCAGAGGUGAUCAAGGAAGUGAAAAUGUUUUAGUUGCUAGAUAUAUGGAAGAAAGGCGAGGCUCUGAUCGUGGUAGUUUUAUAGCAGGAAAAUCUGUGCACAAUAGCAGAAUUGAAAGGCUUUGGAGAGAUGUUUAUUAUGCUGUAAUUCAAACAUUCUAUUCAUUGUUUUACUAUCUAGAAGGAAAUGAUCUGCUAGAUGUUGAUAAUCAAAAGGAUCUGCUGUGUUUACAUUAUGUGUUUAUACCUCGUAUCAACGAAGCACUCUCUCAAUUCGUAGUGGCAUAUAAUAGUCAUGGGUUAAGAACAGAACGUUGUUGGUCACCACAAAAGAUCUGGGUGAACAGCAUGAUUCAAAAAAACAUUCAUUCAGCUGAACUGAAUAGUGAAAAUAUUUUAAUUGAUGGAAUUGAGCAGUAUGGAAUAGACCCUCAAGUUAAUGAUGUUCAAACACAUGGUGAAGAUAUUGGCUCAUUGGACAUGCUGAAUAUGCAACCAGAUCAUGUAAUUGUAGAUGUGGAUAACUUGUUGAGUCAGGUUGACCCUCUUAUUCCAAGUAAUGAACAUGGAGUUGAUGUUUAUCUUGCUGCAAGAGAGAUUGUACGACAUGAUGAUGUGUAG